CGACCUCCGAGGUAAAUGGAACGCAGCAUAAAGCCGCGACCAGCAGCAGCAGCGGCUCCACUGGCCGCCAGCACUGCAGUCAUGGCGGCGCCUCUAGCCCACUUCGACGAGGACUGGCAGGACUUUAACGAGUUCAAGUCGUCCUCGGAAGCCGAGGAGCAGCUGGAUCAGCUGAACUCAAACGUGUCCGAGCCAUCGGGCGGGGAUGAUUUCUCCGACUUGGACAACAGUUUCUCCGCAGAGAUCUGCAGCUUCCAGUCCAUGGAGGAUCUCGUCCACGACUUCGACGAGAAGCUCACGGUGUGUUUCCGCAACUACAACGCUGCCACGGAGAACAUAGCGCCCAUUAACCCUAUCACGGAGGAAAACUUCCUGAAAGACGACGAGGUGUGGAAUUCUCUGACAAGUAACUAUGGCCACGUGAUGCCUGUUGACUGGAAAACCUCAUACACUCGAACCUUACACCUGCCUUCCCUCAAGCUCACUCAGCAGGAGAAUUUGGACAACCAGUCUUUGGAUUUGUCAGAUGACGACGAGGAGUUGAGAGAACAGUUGGAUAUGCACUCAAUCAUUGUCUCCUGCAUCAAUGACGAGCCGCUCUUAACAGCUGAUCAGGUGAUAGAAGAGAUAGAAGAGAUGAUGCAGGAGUCUCCGGACCCUGAUGACGAUGAGAGUCCCUCCCAGUCCGACUUGUCCAUGCUUUCUCAGGACCUUCACAGUUUGAAACGCUCCGCCUCCAACACGAGCUGCGAAGAACGACUGCGUCAGCUGCCGGUGUCGGAGCUGUCUCAGAAUCUGGAGGAGGUGGAGGCGGCCAUUCGUCGCUACAGUGAAGAGCUAAUCCAGGCUCUGGCACUGCGAGAUGAACUGGACUAUGAAAAGGAGGUGAAGAACAGCUUCAUCUCGCUGCUGAUUGAUGUGCAGAACCGGCAGAAGGAGCACCGCGAGCUACUUCGAAAGAAGAAGAAGAUUAAAACCUCAACCACAACAGGGCCCAACGGCCAGAGGACAACCAACACGCACAUACAUGGCACGCUCCUCACUCUGGAGGGACUUUCCAGUGUCAUUCAAAAUGGCCUGCGUCAAACUUUUGGCCACACAGGAGGGGACAAACAGUACCUGACCACAGUAAUUCCCUAUGAAAAGAAAUCGGGCCCCCCUUCUGUGGACGAUCUUCAGAUCCUCACAUCAAUUCUGCAUGCCAUGAGAGAUGACAGUGAGAAGGUGCCUGGCCUCCUAACAGACUAUAUUCUCAAAGCUCUGGUAUGAGAGCAGUGGAACCGAGUUCUCUGUCCCACGUAAAAGCGGAAGGAGCAACUUGUGUAUCCGGAGUCACCCGGGAGACCAGCAGGGGAUGGUUGUGGUUAUUUGGAAAUCAAAACCUUCCUUCGUUUGUUGUUCUGAAAUUUUUACCUCUGUAUAUGACUUUUUGUCUGUGGUGUUUUUCAUUUGCGAUCUUUUAGAUUUUUUUUGUUCCCCUAUGCUUGACUCCUACAUCCCUGAAUGUCCUGACAGCAUGAUAACUUGUCUUUGGAUGCCAGUAAUCAGUGUUAGUCUAAUCAUCUCACCUACCGAUUUCACAUGGAGCUAUUUAAUAGAAAGAGUGAAGGAGAUUGCCUUUUCUUUCUUUUUCUUUUUUUAAUUUCCAACUCUAUUGUCGCCGUGAUCAGGCUUCAGUCAGCCUGUAUUAAUCUGUGUAGUUACCUGACAGGGGAAACAAAUCCUGGGAGAAUCUGUGACUCUCAAAGUGCCAGGUAAUGGAGGAAGUUAUCAAGCAUUAUUGAUAUCUUGUAUUUCUUUUUUUUCUUUUCUUUUUUUUCUUUUCUUUUUUUAAUGUAAUGAAACAUUGAUUGCACGUAGCAUUUUGAGAUCAAAAACUCUGCAUGCUAGGGAUCAAAGAGGAAACCCUAAAUAUCGCAAAUUGUACGUCUCGACUGUAUGUUGGGUUCGGAUUAACCUGGACGUUUUAAAAUGAAAUAUUUUGUAUAUGAAUGAAAAAGUUGCACAGUUUUUACUCUUAGAAAAGGGACAAAUAGUCACAUGAUGUCGAAAGUGAUGGCUGGGUGAACAAACUUAUAAAGUGUAUUUUUGGAUAAGAGGUUUUUGAGCUACACAGGUAGACUUGGUAAUCAUUUUUGUAAAUGCUGUUCAUGACAUGUCCCUCCCCAAACAACUCCCUCAUAAGUUCCUUUCGUGAGUCCUCAGAUCCCUUGUGUUUCAUUGUUUUGCAUCUGGUUGUUUUGUUGGCUAGGUGGCGUAUUUUCAGUUUACAUCAGGUUUGAUUAUACUUAUACUUGACCAGUUGGGGGAUCUGUCUUUUAACACUUUGACUUAAAAUAUUAUAGAGAUGGUGGUAGCACUUUAUUCUGUCAGGGUAUCUGGUCGUGUCGAGAUGGAAAACAUGGAUGAUGUACCACACUACAUCUCACUGAUGUUAAAACCUGAGUGAGUGGCAACAAAAACACGCCUCGUGUCAACGUAUGGAGAUGUUAUCCAGCAUGUGAGUUUCAGUGAGGGUGAGCGUUUAAUUCGCCUUGAAAGGGACACUCCACUGAUUUUGUGUUUCCAAAUUGGACAGUAAGCCUUCAGCUCUGUCUUCUGUGGCUCUGAAGAGUCUUUUACCAGCAGGAGUUGUUGCGAUACCAAUGCCAGUAUCGGAAAUACUCGUAGAUACUCUCCAAAAAAAAGGGUAUCGGAAAACUGUGACAUGUUCCUCAUGCAAGUCUGUUGUUUCCAGACUAAAACAAGAACAACAAUGGACGGGAUCCAUUCCAGGAGAGGAAGCUGGAAUAUCUCAGAAUGGGUUAAAGGCAAGGCUUUGCAAAGUGGGAGCCAGGUCUCCCCAUAAGGGUGUUUUAUACUUGUCUGUAGUUGUUUGUUGCUCUGUAAUUACAGGAGCAAACACUAGGUGGCGGUGUGGAGUCUUUUCUGCACUGCUGAGCUUAUGUUUUUUACUUGCAGUCCGUAGCGCGUACCUGCAACUGAGCAAAUGAAGCGUUUCUUAUUUGAGCUGGAGCUGAUGGAUGUUAAUUAACAGUAGCAGAAGUAGUCGUCAUGGGAAAUGCAUAAAAGGAAAUGCAAAGCCACCAAGGAGAACAGUCACAUUUUUGCAGUUCACAUGUAGGUACAUUUCUUGGGAAUGUAUGUCGAGCUACGGCAGAAGUUAUGAUGUAGGGUUUGUCAGUUUAUUGUAGGCGCAUAAACAACGCUGCAGCAGGUCAACGUAGGUUCAGUGUAGAAGUAGAAAUCAUACACAAGUUCUAAACCGUACAUUUUCAUGUUGACUUGAUUGGAUCUGGGACUUUGUCAGACAGAAUUGAAUUAACUGAGAGAGGAAACCUCUGUUUGAUGGGAGAGCAGUCCUGAAUCAUGGGAGUGCCCCUUUGCAAACACCAGACAAUGCAAGUCCUCCAUGCACAUUCAGAUCAGUGGCUGGUACAGGUGCACCAUCCAUGAUCAGGUCCAGUCUAGCUCUCAGGUACAAUCAUCGGUGUUGGAACUCAAAGGACUUCUUUUGGUUGGUACCGACCUCUCAGACUCUUAAGUUUGUCUUCAACAUCCAACAGCUACAGUCGCUGCAUUUUAUCUUUUAAAUAAUGUUCUCAAGCAAGGUAGCCACUCAAUUUAAGUGGGUAGCAUUACAAAUAAUGAUUUAUAUCAUGCAGUGGUGCAACAUGAUUAAAUCUCAAAGAUGUGGAUUGUGUUUUUAGUGUUAGUAGCUAUAGCUCACUGGUGAACGGCUCAGGUGAAAGCAUUGGUAGAGUCUACAGUUUUUGGGUGACAGUAAGUGAUUGCUCUUAUGAUUAUGGCCAGGAGGAGAGAAAAGGAAGACUGGACAGGAAAUGAUGUGAAUGUUGAUGAUUGCACAGAAGUUGCUAAAAAAACUAAGAGGUUCAUUUAAUAUUUUUAAAGGAAAACAAAAGCUCGUAGUCCUAUAUUUAUAUGUGACUUUUUCCUGUAUGGCUGCCAGCUAUGAAAACAUUUACAACCCAGCAUAGGCUGCAUGCACUUUACCGCUGCAAACACAUUUUCAGUGAUUUAUUUAUUGGUUUACAGACAUAUUAAGACAUUUUACACUAAAGGGACGAAUGCAUGUUGCAGCAAAAAUGUAAAAACAUGUCAAGUAUCUCGGCAUUUAAGAUUUAAACUCUUUUAAAAUGUAUCAAAGUCUCAUUUUAUCAAAAUAUGGUUAAUCAAAUGCUUGAAAUUGAUGUGAUACCAGUUAUGUACAUCCAUCGCAAUACUUUUUUGUAUUUUAUUUUAUUUUUUUAAUAAUGAAAUGAGAAACAUCAUUCUGCUCUCUGAAGGAUCUCAGGCCAGAGCUUCAUCUGGUCCUCUCUGCAAACAUAUCAGCAUAAUUCCAGUUCAGAGAUUUAUAUUUGUAGAUGAACAAAAGAGGAAAAAAAAAACAAAAACUAGAGGCUGCCUUUGUAAAUACCUGCAGGUAUUUGUAAAUUUGAUAAACUGGUUUUGUUCUUAAUGCAAUAUAAUUCCCCAGUCUGGGAUUUUAUGUUUACUGUCUCAUGUGGUACUGCAGUACUUUAAUUUAUUAUGUAAAUGUUUGUUUUGUAACCGAUGUUCUUGGCUGUCAAGGUACAAGUGUCUUUGUGCCCAUAUUGCAUUGCAACUCAUUUCAAAUAAAAAAAUAAAAAUAUAUAUCUGUAAA